GUUUGUGGGAUCGAAUACAGGGUCUUAGGCUUCAAAUCAAAAAUUUUUGAUCACGGAGCUAGGGACAUAGCCCCAGAGGUUUGGUGUACGCUUGUUUGGUAAAACGGUGAAGAGAAAUAAAAGAUCACAAAAAUCUCAGCCGCAAAUCUUGUAUAAAUGGGGCAUGUGUAACUCUGGCGAAUAUAAAUGUAUAUAUAGCCGCAUCCUGAUCAUAAAGCCCUCAUUCUUUCUUUUUAUAUUUUCUCGUGACAAAAUGACGAAUAUUACGUAUUAUGACUUGGAACUCGAAGGUUUAGAAGGUGUCGUGUUUUCUCCAAAUACAGCCAAGACCAGAUACACAUUAAACUUCAAGGGUAUCCCUUAUCAUACAGAGUGGGUAAAUUUUAAAAGCCUGAAAGAAAUUAUACCCAAAGUUGUCCCUUAUGAAGGAAGACCCACUGUACCAGUCAUAGUGAACGAUGGAAAGGGCAUUCGAGAAUCUUGGGAUAUUGCUAACUAUCUUGAAGAAGCUUUUCCAGAUAAACCCUCUGUUUUUAAUGGCAAUCCGGGUGUUCACAAAUUCUUUGAAACCUAUAGUUAUAAAAAUAUCACCGUCAAUCUUUACAAACUAGUUGUUCUUGAUAUUCAAGAGCGCAGUGUUGACAAAGAGUGGCACCGUCAAGAUCGCGAAAAGCUGAUUGGUAUGCCUUUGGAGAAGUUCGCUGGACAUCCUGACGAUCAUAAGCCUGCAUUAAAGGAGGCUUUGACCCCUGUCCAUGCUGUACUUCAAAAGUAUCCUUUUGUUACUGGAGAGAAAGCGGGAUAUUCUGAUAUCGUACUUGCAGCUGCCUUUGUUAUGCUCAAUGCUAUAAGACCUGACUUAUUCCACUCUCACUUAUUGGAUCUCUUUGAAGAUGAUGUCUUGUCAAACUGGUGGAAGCGUACAGAAUUCUUUCGUCAAUAAACUACUGUACUAGUAUUAUGACAUUGCAUUGCAAAUUGUCAAUAAAAUAAAGAACAAAUUCUAGCAUAAAAGUAACCACA